GAGGCCAAUAAAACUCUAUUUCAAAUUCAUACUGCACAAAGUGUUCUUGACUCCUGGAUCCACUGCCUCCAACUACCUAAGGACCAUGAGACUCCUGCUCCUGACUUUUACUGUCCUUGUGUUCCUACCACAAGUGACCCCAGCCUAUGGUGGUAGAAAAAGAUGCUGGAACAACUCAGGGCGCUGCAAAAAAAAAUGCGCUGCUGAUGAAGUAAUACGAGCAGUAUGUAAGAAUCGUCAGUCCUGCUGUGUUUCACAACUAGCGGUUUUCGUCAAGGAAACUAUCACUUCUUCCCCAUCCACGAAUGGUUGGGAAGAAGAGGCUAUGGAUAGAAUUGUAUCAGUAGCAUCUACUUCAACCUACUUGGAAUAAAUAACAAGAAUAAAGAAGAUUAAAAGUCUGACCCAGCCCUGAAAACGAUAUUUCUCUCCCGUAUGUUCUUCAAAGCUCACGACUUCCUCUUGACCAUCACUCUCCCUAUCUUCAAAGUGAUAGCGUAAGUCGUAUAGAUCAACGCACUGAAAAAGAUCACAGUCACCCACUCCCACCCUCCAUCAAUGUGUAAUUCUAGAAUAAAAGGCUGUGUAAAGAAGUCCCCCAAAUUUCCAGCAUUUCCAGUGGAUAAACUCCUUGGUGCUUUUCUUGAAAUUUCA